GCUUCUCACUUCACUGUCCAUACCAAGGUGAGUGCCACCACCAAACAGAUACGCGUCCUUUCAGCAAUGCAAAACAUAAAACACAAGAAUCUGUCCUCUCUCCGUUAACUGGAAGCCUUGUUGUAAACAAAGGACCUUGGUUGUUUCCGAAGAAAUCUGGAGUAUGAGGUACAAUUUUGCAUUACAGUCUCAGAAAUCAGAAUCUGGAUCUCGCAAGUAGUAUUCAGGACUGUGAUGAGUUCUCACAAUUGAAUAACACUCAGCUUUACUGCUUAACACUUAGUUUGCACCCAAAAACCAGUUGAACCCACCAGGUUUCGUCUUCAGCGAUCACUUUCUGAUCAUGUUGGUCGACCUAUCGAUCAGCUUGGAAUUGGAGCUUGGAACUAUUUCUCGCCUUGGGAGAGCCGUACCGCAAAACACUAAUUGUCGUUAGGGGCGAUCGGCUUGAGGGUGAUGUCCUCCGGAUCAGGCUCCGGAUCCGAGCGCCCAUCACUACUGAUCAUUCCUAGAUGACUGAUGACAAUAUGUUUUGUAAAGCAGCGUUAAGUAUGGUUCUCCCACCCUUUUGUUCGGAAUUUGGCUCACAUUUGUCCCCCGACUAGUGAUGCUGCGGCAGUAAAGUGCUGUAUUCUUACUCCACUCCUUUUUUUCCCCAUUUUCAGCCAGUUUUUCCCUGCACUCCAGUCCAGUCUCGUUCUCGAUGCCGUUCAUCUUCCGCACUCAAUUAACAUCAAUUGUGUACCAGUGUCAAUUAAAUUGGCGCCACUUGGAAUGGCGGAUCGGUGCAUGCCAAACGGUGGUAUAAAUGGACAUGUGUCUCGCGGUUUUCGAGCCAUUUAUUCGCUGAACGUUGAAUUGCCUGGUCUUGGAGUGUGUGUGUGUGUGUGUCUGUGUGUGUUUGGUUUUACUGGUUCUGGUGCAGGAAAAAGCUUGGUAAAAUGUAUUUUGCCGACGGUGGUAAUCAAUGUCGGAAGUGGUUGAAGAACCGCAGUGGUGAAUCGAAUGUUAAGCGAUCUUCGCUGACAGUAGAAGUUGUUAAUGCUAUAUGACACAUUUUCUGUACUCCUUAUAGGUCACACACGUUUUCAGGUAGCUCGCCACCCGCAUCCCGCCACCAAAUUCCAGCCAAGACCAAGCCAAGACUCCACUCCGUGUUGCCAGCUGUUGUUUUGUGUCUCUAUCUCUCUUCCCUUCAGCCCUUCCAGACGGUUGAUUUGUUGAACUGCUUAUUACUGCCCCACUUUAAUGACCCGCCCAAUUCUUACCCAACCCCAGAUACCGUACAUCGAGAUCGUGUUCCGGGACGCACCGAAGAAGCGCAUCAAGCGCAACCUCUCGCUCAACUGUGACGAGAAUGCGAACGAGACGCGCUGCUGCCGGUACCCGCUGAUGGUGGACUUUGAAAAGUUUGGCUGGGACUGGAUCAUCGCACCGAAGCGGUACGAGGCGUCGUACUGUGCCGGCGAGUGCAUGAUCAGCUUCCUGCCCAAGUACGAGCACACGCACGUGAUGCAGCUCAGCACGUCGGCCAUACCGUGCUGCUCGCCGAAGAAGAUGAGCUCGAUCAAGCUGCUGUACUUCGACAUGAGCUACAACGUGAUCUACAGCACCAUCCCGAACAUGGUGGUGGAGAAGUGCAGCUGCUCCUGAGUGGCCGGUGGGGGCACCGGACCCCUAGUGAGCGUGUGUGUGUGUGUGUGUGUGGAAAGCCCGACAAGGACCUUCAUGCCAGGAUCCUGGCUAGCAGCAAGCAGCAGCAAGCAGCAGCAGCAGGGAAAAUUCUGCCAAAAUUUCGCUCAACUAGCGCAACGGUAUCGGGACGGCGUUCGGCGAGCGACGGUGAUGAAAACGUAAAACGAAAAGAAAUCUACUUCUACAACGAGUCUGAAGGAGGGUCGAAAAGGGUCGGUCGGUAACAUUUUGGAGCUUAACUAAAAAUUAGUCUAGAUCGCUUAGCCAAGUAGUAGGUAACGAAUUUUUACAAUGCAAUACACAUGCAAUGCUACACACAUUUUUUUCGGCAUCGUUUUGCGGACACGGCAAAUCCAAAUUCUUAACACUGUAUCGAACGAGAUUCGCGCUGAAGUAGUUUAGUAGAUGUGUUCGAGGUUCGAGUGGGCUCCAGAGACUCAAAGGCAACUGCAAAAGGCAUUUGUUAGCGUAGAGAGACAGGGUGGGGGGUGAGGGAGGGAAGGAAGCGAAAGGAGAUGGGGGCGUGCGGGAGCAUCACAUUGCAUUUUUUUUUUUAAUCGCUUUGGCUACCAUUUGGAGACGUGCACCGAGGUAUACGACAAGCGCUCGAAUGCAUUGCAAUACGUGUGCAACAGUCGAAAAAAUUUACAAAAAAUGAUACAAUUAUGUGAUAACUAGUAAGUGUGAAUCAACAAUCAAAUACGACGAUGUUUGUCUUGGGAAUCGUAUGAGAGAGAGACGAGAGAGAGUGAGAGAGAGAGUGUGUGAGAGAGAGAGAUGAUUGGUUCCAAUUCUAUGUGUUUAAUAAAGAGAGAAAGCAUUUGAACGCA